GCAUCGAGGUUUAUAUUAUCAAACGAAUUUUAUUUUAAAACAAUCAAGUAAUCUUUAGUUUUGAACGGAGUGUUUCAUUUGUAGUUUACGUGUUUUAUUUUUGGUGUGCAUUGGUUUCGUCUUGCAAAUGGAGGAAGCGAGGAAAUUGAUGUAAGGAUUCCAUUCUACCACCAUGUGGACGGUUUGCGUCCCCGGCUGGGGGGCCAUGAUGGUGGCGGGGACUCUGCUCCUUUACGGCACUCUGGAUGUGGCCUACUUCGCGAGAAUGUUUUACACUGUUGCCAAGGCGAGGUACUUCAGGAAGAAGAUUUGUAUUCUGGACACCACUGAAGUAGAAUCGUGGUGCCUCCUCAACGACAUAGAUACGUUGCUCUACCAUAUGAACAACGCGCGCUACCUACGAGAGCUCGACUUUGCGCGUGCUGAUUAUUACGAGCGGAGCGGUCUCUACGCAAACAUCAAAGCGGCGGGGGGCGCGGUCCUCCAGGCCGCUACAACCAUCCGGUACAGGCGAUACCUGAAGCCGUUCACCAAGUUCACUAUCACCUCUAAGGCCAUCUACUGGGACGAGAAGACGUUCUUCAUGGAGCACGAGUUCAUCGGGCCUGGCGGGUUUGUCCACGCGGUUGCGCUUUGCCGGCAGCGCAUCAUCGACACGUCGGUGGCUGCCAUUGCGGAGCUUCUGCUACAGCUGCAUUGCGCUGGUACCUGUAGACCUGUCCCGGAGAAGAUGCCGUCUGAACUGGAACUCUGGGUGCAGAGCAAUGAGCUUAGUUCAGCUAAACUGCGCCCAACCGCAAGCGCCCUUCCUUCACUGGAGCCCCCAAAUAACCUCGGCUGUGGGGAAAUGCUCCCUAAAAUGACCGAGUGAUACCAGCUCAACCCGAUCGAAGACUUGAGGUUAAGGAAGGAUCUUUAAGGCUCAUAUUUCGCUAUAUCGUUACUUGCAUCCCAUAUUGUGCUCUGGAGAGGUGGCAGUGUAAUCUCGUUACACAAUUACAAAAAAGGUAGGUUACACACUAGGUAGCUUGU